UAAUCGCUGGGAAGGAAUCAAACCGCAGUGCGAGAUUCUGAAUUCACUGAAGAAACAUCAGCAUGAUGUCGUUUCCUCACAGAAUUUGAGUGUAGUGGUAACGCACGUUUUAACGCGAUAAUAUAAGACAAAUAUCACGUCUAUAGGACUGACUUUCGUAACUUCAUUAAAAGCUGUUGUCAGGUCGGCUCUUGCUAAGAAGAAAAGGGGUCCAAUUUAUAACUAUCUUUGAAAAGGAAGGCUGAUCCAAUCAAGGCGCCUGUUGAAACCGGAAGCUGUUGAAGGUACACGGGGAGCGUUGUUUGUUUGUUUUAAAUGACAGAUGAUGAAUGACAUUUUUGAAUAUUAAACUGCGAUAUAUAUAUAUAUAUAGCACUGAAACUUACUAGUACUAAUGAUUUUUCGUCAUGGAGGCGAUUAGCACCUUUGUUUAUUGAGAUGUCCAGCCAUAAUAAUUUACAGCACCAAGGCAGGAAAUCCCUGGAGAAAUCUGAAAGUAUUUUUCAUCCAAAGUUUCCUUGUUCGGAGCACAAAAGAGUGUCAAGGUACAAUGCUGGGGUUUCCAGCGAUAGGUUUCAGCUUGCUUUUCCUGCUGCAUCUUGUUUGGGGCAGAGUGAUCUACAAUGGAAAUGAUGUGUUCCUAGAAGAGAAGUCAGCAGGUUCGUUUCUCUCCCGUAAACUGUUGUAUAACAGUUGGGAUUUUGAGGUAGUGGUGCCUGACGAUCUACAGAGAGAAUGCAUAGAGGAAAUAUGCUCAUAUGAAGAGGCCAGAGAGGUGUUUGAAGAUGACCGAAAGACGGCCGAUUUUUGGAAAACCUAUGUCAGCAGUCACGAAUCUUUGCCCCCAGUGGAUGUGUCUGCUUUGGUAGCUGGCAUUGUGGCUAUUGUAAUAACAGCGAUUAUAGCCACUGUGUUGGGCAUUUAUUGCUACAAGAACAGGGGCAAAAAUUCAAGAGGGGGCAGCGUUCCUGUGCGUAUGGGUGUGGAUGGGCAGCCACUACCUGAAUCUGUGCCCUUGUCUAACAGGGCUCCAGGUCUCCCCUCAUACAAUGAGGCUCUGACCCACAGUGGCCAGCAUGAUGCACCUCCACCGCCAUACUCUGGGGGAAGUCCAUCUGAGCCACCUCAAACUCGAGAUGAGGAAUGACAAAGACAUGUUGUUGUUGUUGUUUUUUAAAUGGGGGGAGGGGAGAGGUGAUACAGGGUUUUACUAGUGAAAAAGUGUAGCUUCAGUCACUAAGUGGGUAAUUUAUUAUACUAAGGCUACAUGUUCCGCAGUACCCUAUUUUAUUCUUUAGAAUUAUUUUGCUACUAUCAUCAUGGAACAUAGUGUCAGUGUGAAUACUGUCAAUAUUUUCAUAAAUCAGGUUUGCUAGUUU